GAGCACAGCUGAUUACUGCACCUCCCAAGCUUGCAGGUAGAGAUUUCCAGAUGUUAAGUGUUCCAGGACAGUGCAGCAACGGAGUGUGAGUUUUUUGGGGUUUUUUUGUAUUUUUUUUGUUUUUUUUAAUGUGCCAAGCAGGUUUGGGGAGGCUUAGCCACUAGUCUUAUUGGAAAUCCCCCUAUCCGCAGCCCUUCUCUGGGGAGAGGGAUCUAAUGACCCGGCUCUGCCUGUACCCUUGGAUCCCUGUGCCGCUCCUUUUCCUUUUCCCUGUGUCUGAAAUGCCAAUCACUCCAGCGGAGGCCGGGGUCGUGCAAUGGGAAAUGCAACAACUGAUAAGAGGGAUGGCCGCAGCCCCUCUCCGGGCAGGGACCUAAUGACCCGGCGCUGCAUGUACCUCCGGAUCGCUGUGCCGCUCCUUUUCCUCUUCCUUGUGUCUGAGACGCUGAUCACUCCAGGGCUCCCCAUCCGACCCAUCAGCAAGCUUGUAAAUGACUCCGUUACAUUCACUAUGGGGCCGGCUGAAUGUGCCCCGGAAGACACCACCAUCAGGUGGAAAAGUCAUGAAAAAUAUCAGGAAAUUGGAUUUUGCAGAAAGAGGCUUUUCAAUGGGAUCAGCCCUCAGUUUCACAACCGCGUCGACUGCAAUGGUGACACCCGGGUCACUAUCAGGAACCUGUCACGGGCAGAUAGCGGCCUGUACAUUCUCUCCUAUACGUUACAAUGCAAAGUGAAAAAAGAUGUGAAAUAUCAUGAUCUUACUGUAUAUGAGCCUGUUCCUGCCACGCAUAUAGAGAAGAACGUGGUGAGGAAUUCAGCUUGUUGGUGCAAUUUCACUCUUCGUUGUUGUGUCCCAGGGAAAGCCUCAGUGGAAAGGUACCUUUGGCUAAAAGGGAGGAAUGAAACUGGGUACCAUCUCUAUAGACAUGGGCCCUCCAUCCAGGUGUCACUGCAGAGCCAAUCAUUUGGGUCAUUGGAUGAGGAGUAUAUCUGCACUGUGUAUAACCCAGGCGAUCAAAAAAACACCUCCAUUAACAUAAAGGACAUCUGCACUCUAAUGGCAGACAGUUCCAUUCACUGCAACCUGAAGAGACCUAAAUCUGCAAAACUCCAAGGAACCAUAUGCAUUAUUUUCAGCUAUGUGGUGUUGGCACUCACACUGAUUUUAGUCCUGAAGUGUCUAUAAGGGUGGUGUCUGGCGUCCAAAUGCAACAUAUAGAUGGAACAUCUUGAAAUGUUUGCAAAUACUUAAUAUAUGGUUUUAUAAGCAGCUUACAGUAUAUGAAGCAUGAACAAUACACAGUAUAGAGGAGACCACCUCUUGGCAGGGAGUGUGGCACAUACUGUAGGUUCAAUGAUCUACAG